AUGGCUGCUACGGACGUCUGGACGCGGAUACCUCGAUUCGAGGAUACCAUCAAUCCUACGGAUAUUCUUAUCUCACAGCAACUCGAACGACUUUGCCGUGAGUGCUUACUGCGGUAUAACGACGAUGUCAAUCCUAUCGCCACUUCGAUGAUUGAGGCUCUUCGGGAGAAGAAUGUCACAGCAGGUGUCACCAAAGUCACGGGGGGUAUCACUAAUUCUCUAUUUAAAGUGGAGUUCAGUGGCUUAGAGGAUAAUGCAACUUCACCAGCGAGCAACGCGCCCACCGAUUCCACCACUGGGAGCUCCUGUGAGAUCGAUAAUGAAGGCAGCCGUCCGGACCAUCUCCCUGUCUGCCUCGUCCGAAUAUUCGGUGAAGCAGGGAGUUCCAUCAUCGACAGAGAUGAGGAGAAUCGGAUCUUCAAUCACCUCAGCACUAUUGGAUUCGGCCCGACCUUGUUUGGUAUCUUUCAGAAUGGACGUAUAGAAGAGUUCUUCACUCGUCUCCGUCCGUUGGAGCCUCUUGAGAUGGUUUCUGAGAAGUGGACGCCGUUGAUCGCGAGGCGGCUACGGUAUAUGCAUUCCCUCAAGCCAGCUAUGGUAGAGGAUGGUCCGAAUGUGCCGGAUUUGUGGAGGACAAUCGAGUCCUAUGCCGCAAAGGGACGAGAGUUAUUCAAUGCGUCACCGGAAGAUGAGGAGGGUGACUUUAUGACGAUGCUGGAUUCAGUAGAGCGUGAGGCGAAAUGGUUGGAGAGGACUAUACAGUCGCGCGAGACUGCCAAUGUGUGUCCGCUCGAGCAGAUCGUCUUUUGUCAUAACGACUUGCUCUCGGGCAACAUACUGGUACCCAAGGAUGGGAGUAACUGCCAAUUGAAGUUCAUCGACUACGAGUACUGCGCAUUCAACCCCGCGGCAGCCGAUAUUGCCAACCAUUUUGCUGCGGUGGUGGAGAGUAUGCUCAUCGUGAAUGAUGAUUAUGAUGUGGAGAAGUAUUUCCCCAGCAAAGAGCUGCAGUUGCUAUUUCUCCGCAAUUACCUCACUGAAGAUGAGUACAGUAGUCUUGACGAGGGCACCAUGUUGGAGACAAUUCGACUGUAUGCGAUGGCAGCUGAGCUACGUUGGUGCGCAUGGAGUGUGAUACAGCAUUUCGAGCAGGACCGGAGCGCUGCUGCUGUAGAGCAAGGAUGCGAUGAUGAUGAGGAUGAUGAGGAUGCGGCAUUUGAUUAUGAGAAUUAUGGCAAAGCACGACUUCAGGGUUAUUUUGACUUGAAAAACUCCACGACAGAAUAUUGA